ACGAAAGUUCUCACAGAUGCUAGCCAUUGCACAGGUGCAUCACUCGCACCACAAACAGCCAGAAGAAAAUUCAACAAGCAGUGGCCAAGCGGGCCGUUAGACUGGAGAAGAAUUUUGUAAAUGAACGGCUCCUUUUCCCGGGUACGAAGCUCUCAAGAUGAAACUGAACCGGGUGAUCCGGAUCUCGCAAAAGGAUGACCUCUUGCCACGUGGCCGUCCAGGUAGCCUCAUGAAUCUCUCCACUUUGCAGUUUGCACUAUGCAUUCUUCCUCGUCACCAUGCAUUCUUCUAAUAUUUCAAGAACCCACCACUUCCUGUACUACCGCAAGUACAAUUUCCGAUUUUCAUACCCCAACUACCGUACUACUACUACUACAUCUGAACGCACCACCAUGGAGAAGUACUCCAAAGAUGCUGUUGGCGAGGAGGCGAUCAAGGAUCAACUGAGGGAAGGCUUUGCCAAAAAUGCCUGCGAUUAUGAUCCUUCCAAUCGUGAAUUUGAUGACAUUCUCCCUCAUCUUCUAAACAUCUAUGCAUCCCAUGCCACACCUCAAGAUUUUGAUAUCUAUGCUCCUGAUGCAACCUUUGAAGACCCGCUGAUGCGAGCUCAAGGGAUAAAGCAGAUUAAGUCAGCUUUCUACUCAAUUCCCAAGGUUUUCAGUGAGUCAAGAAUCACAGAAUAUAGCAUCAAAGAGAAUGUAAUUUCACCUAGAAAGAAGGAGGUACUCAUGGACAACAAGCAGUAUUACAAAUUUCUGGGGAAAGAUAUACAUAUGAUAUCCCUUAUCAAAUUGCAGAUAGAGAACGGGAAGAUCGUUCGACAUGAAGAUUGGUGGGAUCAGAAGCCCCUAUGGAACAGUGAGACGGUUCGGCUGCCACUGGUCGGGCGGCUGGCAGCAAUGACUCGCCGGGCCUCAAUGUUGGUUACUCAUUGUCUGAUGCGGUUUGGCAAGGAUCCAAGCAAUUGACAACUACUCAAAGUGUAUGCGCGCGCGCGUAUAAAGCUUUGGUUACUAUCUUAAAACAAUUGGUAUGUUGUAUUGUAACUAAAACUUGCAAAUAUUUUGGAAUUAAGGGUCAGCUGACAUGGACUUGUAAUAGUUUGGGGUUCUGAGUUGAACUUAGUUAAGAUGAAUUUGUAAUUGGAUCCCAGGUUUAAUCGUGUUUGAUAACUUAAUUCAGCACUUAAAUUUAAUAAA